AUGAUGAGAAGAUCCGCAGGAAAGGAUUCAAAACGUAUCGUUCGCCCCUUCAGAAAUUUUCCAUUCUCUCAUUUUUCAGCCUAUACAACGGAAGACACGGACUUGCCAAAGAAAUGUGUCGUGAUUCGUAAGAAGAAGAUUGGGGAUAGCAUUGAGAAGAUCGAGUUGCGCUACGUGGCAUACAACAAAUUGGAGAAAGGGGCUCAUAGUACUACAAUGGAGGCUAUCAACGAUGCAUCGUCCUACAUGAGAGAUCGUGCUGGGGAUCUUGACUAUCAAGAUACGUCAUCCACCUCUCUUCAGAAGACGGUCACAGUCGUGAAGAGUGAGGAGAAGGAGAAGAAAAAAUUGGAACAGUGUCUUCCAUUUCUUCAGAGUAUGCGUGCUCGUUUCGCUGAGAAUGAGAAGAGCAAUAUGUACAGCACCCAUAAGAGAACCCAAAAUGGGGCACUCAAAAUUCUCUGUGAUGAAAUUCUCGAAGAGGCAGAGUAUAUUCUGAACAACGGACAUCCAGUCACUUCGGAUAUCAUCAAAAAGAUUGCCAAAAUGAACACUCUUUCAAGACAAGUCAUUGCAAAUGAGAGCAAGAUGGAGAGUCUCAUUCCGGAUGAGAACGAAUUGGCUGCUUCCAAAUCGAAGACCAGUGACAAUACACUAAAUAGUGCCCAUCCAGCUGUUUUGCCACCAAAGAGAAUGCUAUACUACUUUUUGAUACGAAUUUUAAUUUUAUGUUCCGAAUAA